AUGUUUUGCACGUAUGUUUGCGUUCUCUUGGCCGUGAGCGGAGGGGCUUUGAGUUCUUUGCCGGACAAACAGAGCGACCUGGGCUUGAAGGUCUUCGCCAGCUUGGCCUCGUCGGACCGCAACUUGGUUUUCUCCCCUUACGGCGUUUCGUCCGUUCUGUCCAUGGCGCAACUGGGGGCGGCGGGGAACACUCGUAAGGCCAUGACCGAGGCCAUGGGCUUUUCCCUGCAAGAGCGAGGAAUGUCUCGCCAGCAGCGCCUGAUUCAACAUGAGCUCCAUUCCGAGGAAGCUUUGGAGAUGGCUUGCGGAGUCAUGGUGGAGAGGAAGAUGAGCAUCGAGAAGGGCUACCGCCGUGCCUUAUCUAAGGCUUUCAGAAGCCACCCCCACCAGGUGGACUUCACCAAGCCUGACCAGGCGGUGGACAUCAUCAACGCCUGGGUUUCGGACCACACCGCAGGCGCCAUUCCCAAGUUUUUGACGCGGGGAUCUCUGAGCGACGAGACCCGCCUGGUGCUUCUCAACGCCCUCCACUUCCAGGGACUGUGGAAGGUUCCUUUCGACCCUAAGUUGACUCACGAGCGGAUGUUCCACAGCGCCAACGGCAGCGUCACGCCCGUUCACAUGAUGACGCUAACCAACCGCUUCAACUACGGGGAGUUUGUGACCGCUAGCGGAGAGGACUACGACGUAUUGGAGGUCCCAUACGAAGGCGACUCGCUGAGCAUGCUCCUGGUGUCGCCGUUUGAGGCCGACGUGCCGUUGAGCGCGCUAACCGCCGACUUCAGCAGCCAAAGAAUGCGGGAGUGGAGAGCCCAGCUCAGAAGCGUUCGGAGACAGCUAACAAUGCCCAGGUUUACUAUCAACUCAGAAGUGAACUUGAAGGCGGCGCUCAUCAACAUGGGCUUGGGUAACAUGUUCAAUCUCGCCACCGCUGACUUCAGCCGCAUUACGACCGACGAGAGGCUUUGCGUGUCCAAGGUACUGCAGACGGUCAAGUUUGAGGUCAACGAGCGGGGAACUAAGGGCGCGGCGGCAACAGCCGCUGUGAUGUAUUCUCGGAUGGCGGUGGAGGAGCUGACCUUGGAUCGACCUUUUCUCUUCUUGAUCCAGCACAAACAGACGGGGGCUAUUUUGUUUAUGGGCCAGUUCAAUCAUCCGGCUUAG